CGGGCGGCUUGGCAGCAUGGCGUCGGUGGCGUUAAGCGAGGCAGAGAAGGUGUACAUCGUGCACGGCGUUCAGACCCGUGGCGUAAGAAGCCUGCGCCUAGGCACUUUCAAGGAAGACCUCCGCGUGGAUGGCCGUGGCUGUGAGGAUUACCGAUGUGUCGACGUGGAAACCGAUGUGGUGUCCAACACCAGUGGGUCUGCCAGGGUCAAGCUGGGUCACACAGACAUCUUGGUGGGAGUGAAAGCAGAAAUGGGGACGCCGAAACUGGAGAAACCAAAUGAAGGUUACCUGGAGUUCUUUGUUGACUGUUCAGCCAAUGCUACCCCUGAAUUUGAAGGUCGCGGAGGUGAUGACCUUGGCACUGAGAUUGCUAACACCCUCUACCGGAUAUUUAACAAUAAGAGCAGCGUGGACCUGAAGUCCCUCUGCAUUAGUCCUCGGGAGCACUGCUGGAUUCUCUAUGUGGACGUGCUGCUACUGGAAUGUGGUGGAAAUUUGUUUGAUGCCAUUUCCAUUGCUGUAAAGGCUGCUCUCUUCAAUACAAGGAUACCAAGAGUUCGUGUUCUGGAGGAUGAAGAGGGGUCGAAGGACAUUGAACUGUCUGAUGACCCUUAUGACUGCAUCCGGCUAAGUGUGGAGAAUGUCCCCUGUAUCGUCACUCUGUGCAAGAUUGGCUAUCGGCACGUGGUGGACGCUACUCUCCAGGAGGAGGCCUGCUCCUUGGCCAGCUUGCUGGUGUCUGUGACGAGUAAGGGAGUCGUGACGUGCAUGAGGAAAGUGGGGAAGGGCAGCCUGGACCCAGAGAGCAUCUUUGAGAUGAUGGAGACUUGGAGCUUGGAGAACAGCUGGUGUGAGCUGGAUGUCUGCUGACCAAGCCGAGGGUGGUGGCAGGGGUGCUGUAGGCUGUGAGACCGGCAAGCGCGUGGGCAAGGUGCUGCACACCUCCCUGCAGAACAUCCUCCACAAGGAAGAGAGCCUGGGGACCAAGAGGCAGAAAGUCGGAUUCCUGGGAUGAUUGCACCUCAGCCCCCAGCUGUGGAGCGUUUGUUUCUACUUUUCCUUUUAAGCCAAAGUUUGUAUAUAUUUUUCUUAACUGUGAUGAAUGUAAGGCAACAUUUAUACAUGUAAAAUUAAAUUCUACUUUCUGGUCUGGUUUGGUAUAGCCAGAGUUCUUCA